GGUGCAGCAGCCUAGGCUGGCCCAGAACGACCUCGACCUCAGUUUUCUCAAGUCUGCUGCUCCAGGAACCGACAUGGCCCAGGAGUGUUCUGCCGGGGCCCUGGAGCUCCAGCAAGUCCAGCGGCUGCUGCUCUCCUGCCAGGAGGCCAAGAAGGCGGCCUACUGCCCCUACAGUCACUUCCCCGUGGGGGCCGCCCUCCUCACGCAGGACGGGAAGAUCUUCUCUGGGUGCAACGUCGAAAAUGCCUGCUACCCCUUGGGUAUCUGUGCUGAGCGCACGGCUAUCCAGAAGGCCGUCUCAGAAGGGUACAAAGACUUCCGGGCAAUUGCUAUCGCCAGUGACAUGCAAGAUGAUUUUAUCUCACCGUGUGGUGCCUGCAGGCAAGUCAUGAGAGAGUUUGGCUGUACCUGGACUGUCUACAUGACAAAGCCGGACGGCACGUACCUGAGGAAGACAGUCCAGGAGUUACUGCCGCUCUCCUUUGGGCCGGAGAACCUGCAGAAGACCCCGUGACGGCCAGAGAACACCCAAUGGGGGGGGCAGCCUGGGUCCCCACCUGUAUUCGCAGAGAGAGCCGCCAGGGGCGUCAUGAAGAUGUCACCGCCCGGGGGACGCCUGCCGAAUGGACCCCUGCCUCUCUGCGAGGCCGAGAGGACUUCCCCAGAUUAUACUCAAACCCCGACUCGCCUUCUGAAGUGCUGAAGGUCCCACUCCAGCCUGGGCCAGAGCGCCUCUCCCAGCUCCCCUUGUCCUCCUGGGAUAAGAGCAACACCCCUUGGUCCUUCCAGUCCUCUUUAAAAUUCCAGCUGAGCCUGUACUGCUUCCCCUUCAGGCUUCCCAGGUUCCCGCCCUGUUCUGAGUGUCUUUGCUAAUUAUAAACAUCACAGAACAUCCUGGCUCGGGUGCGUGUUUUGCCAUGUCUCGCUCGAUUGUUCACAGCUCCUGGG